AUGAGUUUAGCCGUCAGAGGAAUCCAGGAGAGGGUGUUGGUGGCAGUGGGCCUUCCUGUGAUUGCGAUAUUGACCUAUACGAUUCUCAUUGGGGUAUACCGUCUGUACUUCCAUCCGUUAGCGAAAUUCCCCGGACCAAAGAUCAAUGCAAUCUCUCCAAUUCCGGGCAUUCUUGCCCUCCUCCGAGGCCGACUGCCCAUGGAAAAUAAAAAACUCCACGAUAUCUACGGCCCUGUGGUGCGAGUCUCACCCAACGAAUUGUCAUUCAACACAUCGGGAGCGUGGAACGACAUCUACGGUCACAGACCAGGCCAUGCAAACUUUCACAAGAGCUCCAUCCACGUGGGCGCCGUCGAUCCCCUCCCCAACGCCAGCACGCUGACCAUGGCUGACGACGAGACCCACGCCCGGCAAAGACGUGCUUUGUCGCACGCAUUCAGCCAACAGGCUCUGAUGGAACAGGAGGACAUCUUGCUGGCCUACGUCAAUCUAUUCAUCAAGAAGCUCGGCGAGAUGUGCGAUCGAGGCGAGGCUUUCAAUCUCGUCAACUGGUACAACUUCACCACGUUUGACAUCAUCGGAGACCUGGCCUUUGGGGAAUCCUUUGGCUGUCUCGACAAAGGUAUGUAUGGGAAACGCUCCAUCUUCUAUGCCUCAAAAUGCUCGGAAGACGUUGCUGAUGUCCCUUCAACCACAGGCCAGUUCCACGAAUGGGUGGCUCUCAUCUACGAGACUGUCAAGGCCGGUGCAAUGGAGCAGGCGACGAGGCGCUUCGCCGAGCCUGGGUCGACAAUUCAGAACUUCCUCGUCAAUUUCAUCCCGAAGGAGAAACGAGCGAGACGUCGCGAUCACCUCUUGUGGAGUCAAAACAAAGUCCUAAGUAGCCUCCAUGGCCACAGACGCCUUGAAAACACCAAGCUCCAACACAAAGAUUUCACGUGGUACAUCCUCGAUCAGCAGAAGCGAGGGGCGAUUUCGCAAAAUGAAGUCAUUGUCAACGGCGCUUUGUUUAUCGUUGCUGGAAGUGAAACCACAGCAAAUGAACUAUCCGGGUUGACGGCCCGGCUCCUCAAAAGCCCGCGGGUAUACACCAAACUGGCCAACGAGAUCCGGGAUGCCUUCAAAACCGAGGACGACAUCACCAACGACGAGCUCGCCAAGUUGCCUUACCUUGCCGCUUGUCUGUCCGAAGGGCUUCGCAUCCAUCCACCGCUUCCCACAGCGCUGAUGCGCCAAGUUCCCAAGAACGGAGAUACCAUUGAUGGCCACUGGGUCCCGGGCGGCGUGCACGUUGGCGUCGGCGCGUGGGCCGCGACCCACAGUGCCGCCAAUUUCAAGAGCCCCGACGAAUUCGUCCCCGAACGCUGGAUCGACAAAGAGUGGACCGGAGAUGAUAAGAAGGCGAGUCAGCCGUUUUCCACCGGACCGCGUGGAUGCAUCGGGAAACAACUCCUCUGGCAUUUCGACAUUGUGUCCUCCGACGGGGCACCACAGUGGUCACCUGAAGGUGAGAUGCAGUACAUGAAGGCGUACAACACGUGGGAGAAGCCGGAACUGAACGUCACGUUGAAACGUGUCCAGAGAUAA